CACAAAAAAUGUUCGGUCAAAUUUGCGUUUGGAUUGUCGUCGCACAAUUCGUGCGAUAUUUCCUCCCAUGGCUUUACAGCAACUUCAUCGGUCCUCAUUUCUUCGGCGACAAAUUCAACUUUAAAAAACAUGGCGAAUGGGCAGUUGUAACGGGAGCUUCUGACGGAAUUGGCAAAGAAUUCGCAAAACAACUCGCUGCCAAGGGAUUAAAUGUCGUUUUGAUCAGUCGUUCUUUAGGGAAACUCGAAAAAGUUGCGAGUGAAAUUCAGAAAAAAUAUAAAACGAAAACUUUGGUGAUCGAUGUUGAUUUUACGAAAGGUUUGGAGAUUUACGAUACGAUCCAAGCGAAGAUCAAAGGCUUGGAUAUUGGAAUUUUGGUGAAUAAUGUCGGAAUGGGGUAUCCAGGUCCGUUGCAUUUUCACGAAUUGGCUGCGAAAGACAAGUUUUUGUGGGAUAUGGUCGCUUGUAAUGUCUUGUCGAUCUCUUAUAUGACGAAACAAGUCAUCAAUGGAAUGUUGGAGAAGCGAUCUGGAUUGAUAAUUAACAUUUCUUCGAUGGCAGGAACAAUUCCUCUUCCCGUUUGUUUGUAUUCUUCUACAAAAGCUUACGUCGACAAAUUCACCGAAGACUUCAACAUCGAGUAUCAAGGAAAGGGCGUCUCCAUGCAAUCGAUCAAUCCGGGUCCUGUUUUGACGAAUAUGUGGACCAUUGAGGGCGAAACAUGGAUUAAACCGAAUGCCGAGAUGUACGUUGCUUCAGCAUUGACGACAAUUGGCAUGGGAACUCACACAUUCGGUUACUAUUCGCAUGCCUUGUUGCAAUUGGGAUCACGCUUUGCCGUUUUUUGUUUCCCGUAUCUCUAUGAGAAGUUCGUGUGGCACACGCAUCGCAAAUUGAAACCACAAUCGACAUGAUAAAGCAAUCAAUUGUGAUAAUUUUGUGAUUUUGAGACAAUAAACGAACUUUGGA